UGCCUUCAAGGCACGACUGCAGGACUUGGGGAGCCAAAGCUUUUCCAUGGCAUCUCUGCUGCAGGUAGCCAUAACACCAGACGGAGACAUGCAGCAGAGACCCCCCACAGUGCCCAAGCUGGCCUGGGUGAAGGAGGAGGAGAAGGAGGAAAGCCCUAGGGCUGCUCCAACACAGCAGCCUGAAGAGGUGCAGCAGGUGCAGCCCCUGCAGGAGGAUGCAGGCCAGGAGCGGACAGAAGAGCAGCUCCGUGCCCGUGGCCGCUUCCGCAGGGCAGCACAGCUGGUUUGCAGAUUCAUCAGGUACAUUUGGCAUGAAGAGGCCACUUUCAUGGCCACUGGGGACACGGAAAACUCGGACCUCUUCAAUGCCCAGACCAGCGCUGCCCUGCUGGAUAUGCUUGUGGAGAACAGUGUCUACAAAGCAAAGCAAGUGCCGGCCAUAGUCAGGUGCAUCCACCAGUGGCUCACGUCCAAUGUGUCUGCUGAGCACAGGCUGGACAAGACUCUGGUCCUGCUGACCGAGGCACACCCCACGGAUGUUGCAGUGACCCUGCUGCGCUCUGCCCCAGCCUGUGACAGAGCUGCUCGCACCAUGUGGAAGACACUCAUCUCCUCCAGAUGGACUAAGGAGCCGGUGCUGCAGAUCCUCUUCCGUGUGCUGGAAUACUGGCCAGCGCACAGGAGACGCACCUCUGAUGGGGAUGAGAGGGAUGUCUUUGCCCUGGCUGCAACUGUGGCACUCUGGGAGAUCCUCCAGCUGUCCCACUCCUGGUGCCCAGGGGGAGUGAAGGACAAUUUCCCGCGCCUCCUUCUGACUCUGCUCUUCCAAGUUUUCAUCAGCACAGAGGAGAUGUCAGAGGAGGUCGAGACCUUCUGGAGGCGAUGCCGGGAGCAGCGCAGCCUUCCCCCCAACCCCAACAGGUUUGCAGUGCAGACCGUUAAAGCCCUGCUGCGCCAGCUGCUGGAUGAGGACGUGUUGAUGGCGAUCGGUCGCAAGUGUGGCUGGGACAUGCUCCUCAAGGCUGACAGCCACCACUAUGCAGUGGGUCUGCUGGCCAGGGAGCUGUGCCGUGUAUCACGCUCCUUUGGUCGCAGCAUCGCCGUCAGCCUGCUCCCGCGGCUCAGCAGGGGAGAGCCCCUUUGGGAACUGCCUGCCCUGGCGUUCCUGGUGGAGGUGAGCCUGAUGGCGAGCGCUGCCUGGCCCAGCUGCCUCCCCCUCUCUGCCCUCUCACAGCCGCAGCCGCCCGGGACGGUGCCUGCACCCUGUGCUGCUGCCUGGGCCCAGCCCCGGGCGGGUCCGGGCUCCUGCCGGCCGGGCACCCUGUCACUGCUCCCUGCCUUUCAGGUCCUGCACUGCCUGAUCCCCAGACAAUGUGGGCCCAGCGUCCUGCAGAUUAUUUCCAGGCACCUGCGCAGUCAGUGCCCGGAGAGGCGUCGCCUGGCGCUCCGAGGCCUGGUGGUGCUCAGCAAGGCUCCCUCAAUGGCUAAGAGCAUCCGGAGCCUGAAUGAAAGCCUCCUGGAGCUACUGCAGGAUGCAGACACGGACGCGGUUGAGAUGACUCUCACUGUGUUCAUCAAUGUGCUGGGCUUGAAAAUCAUCCAAAUAUCCAGCCCAAUAGCCCUGAAGUUGCUUGAGGCGCUGCGGCCACUCUUUGACAACGAGCACAGCCAGCUGCAGCAGCUCUCCAUGCUCCUCUUCCGGGAGCUGAUGGAAGUGACAGAGAGGAGCAAGAGCCUAAAGCCACACGUGUACCUGAGUCUGGUGCCAUUCUACUUCAACUGGCACGAUGAGAACCAGCGUGUGGCAGAGGCCUCUCGGAGAGCACUGUUUGGUGCAGCCAGGUUCCUGAAGUGGUGGGAUCUUGAGAACUUGGUGACCAUGGAGCAGCCAUGGAGGUUUCCCGAGUGCCUGCUGGAAAAGGACAGGAGCCGAGUGGGCCAGUACGUGCGCCAGGCCCUGCCAUUCCUGGAGAGCCCAGUGGAGCCCCUGCGAAAGCUGGCCAUCAAGUUUCUGGGGAUCGCCACCAGGUCCAUGAAGCAGGAGCAGCCAGAGCUGCAGCUCAUCUCCCUUCAAGAUAUGACUGAUGACAGCCCUGCCGUCUCAAACCUGGCCAUUGAAACGCUCCACAUCAUCAGAGCUCCCGUAGUGGUGUGA